UUCCUCUCAUUCAGCCACAAAACAAGCAGCGUUGCAGCACACCAGAGAAGUGAUGCCCAAGCUUUCUGGGAAAGCUGCACCCAGGGAAAACUGAUCAGGUUUGGUAGCAACAAAACACCAGAAAAAUGUUAUUCUGGCAGAUGACAAUAUUUUGGAGCCUCACAAUGGCCAGAAGGUCUUUGCAGAGUUCCCUGGACUUCCGUUUUGGCUCACUCUCUCAUUCAUCUAUUCACAGUAAAGUUAGCAGAGGAGAACAGAGCAGAGAAGAAGAGUUCUACAGGCAGAAAAGACAAGCUGUUGCUUUGGAUAGUUCAACUGAAGAACAUACUUUUGUGAUUGAGAUAAGCUUUACAGAUUCCUCACUUCAGGAGACACUCCGGAGUUAUUUAAACAACCUUAACUUUCCACUCUUGGUAAAUGUGUCUGAUUCAGCCAUGAAGAUAACAAGUAUUAAUGUUACCACAGUGUGUAACUCCACUGUCACUGAUACGUCUCAUUGCUACUGUGAACAUGGUUAUGAAUGGCCUGCCAACACAUGUGAAGCAUAUCCCUCCUGUCCUGAAACCGCAAAAGCUGCAGGAACUCAGAGCUGCAAGUGCCUGGCAUUGCUGCCUUCACAGGGAGGCUAUUGCCAGCCUCAGCCUGCAAGUAAUCCUUCCACACACAUAACAAAAAUGUCUCUUGAGCUUGACGAACCCUUUCCAGAUGAUCUGUGGGAUUCAUCUUCCAUUUUGUUUAAACGAUACAAAUACAAUCUGGAAACUGCGCUUACUAUAGGUUAUAGAUCUUUACAAGGCUUCAGAACUGUAACAGUUACAGGAUUCAGGCCUGGGAGCAUUGUGGUUCACUAUGAAAUAACAUCAACCGGAGACAUGCCUGUUGAAAGGGCCAAUGCAAAAGUAGCUGAAGCCAUAGGCGAUUCCUACAAACUGAAAAAUAACUCAUUUGCAAAGGAAAUCCCCGGCAAUGUAAACUUCUCUGUUUCCCCCGAGAACAUUUUUGAGGGGGAUACAGUACGAAUGUUCUGUGAGUCAAGCUCAGUGACAAAUAACGUGACUUGGACUCUUUCGGGGCGUUUGCUCUCCAGCAACCGGCACUCUGUUCUGAAUGAAUUUAAAAGUGGAAAGUCAACGUCAACACUGACAAUCACAAGCAUUAAGCAGAAUGAAUCUGGUAAUUAUAGUUGCUCUUUUAUGGAAUGGAAAACGAAUUUGUCAUUAAUAUACAAAUAUGUAGAGAAUAUAAUUGUCUCACCAAUCAAAAUUGCACAAUCGGAUAAUAUUUCAAUUGUAUGCAAUGGCGAGAGGCACGAACUGAGUUGCUGCACUGAUCGAGAUAUCCGAGAAUUCAAUUUUUACUGGAAACCAAAUGGAUCAAUAAAUAUUUCAGGUAGUAUCACCUCCAGUCAUAACUGUACAACAUAUGUACUUCAGGCAAAUGAGUCUCAAUGCCCAGCGGACAAGUCUGGGUCCAAAACAGAUUAUACGUGUGAGCUGAACACUACAUAUGGUGCCCGAAACAAUAGAGUAAUCAGUGUGACUUAUUUUCGAGUGGCAAAUGUGAUCAUGUCUUCCAACCCAAGUGGUAAGGUGUCUAAGGGGCACCAUAUUUCAGUGACGUGUCUCAGUGAUGUGAGCAACUAUGACAAAGUCACGUGGCAAAUCCAAAGUGGAAGCUCUAUUAAGGAAGUAGAUCGUGUGUGGUUCACUACCACAAAGACCCCAAGAGGUGCUAAAUCUGUGCUGAAUAUAGGCAGUGCUAAUGAGAAUUGGGCAGGCACCUAUAAAUGCACCUUUUCCCAAAGUUUUUUGAACAGCCAAGCACAUAUGAAAAUUCAAGUUUUUCCUUUGCCCCUGAAACAAGAGAUCACCAGAGAUCCUAUAGAAACAUUUGUCUCCUGUCCAGUGAAUCAAGUCCUGAAAUGCUGCAUCAGAAAACAGGAAAACUAUAUUGUAACAUUCUCUGGUCCAAAAGGGUCUCCGAGCUUUCCUGCAGAAGUUAGAAAAGAAGGCAGCCUCUACUGCUACUAUACCAAACCAGUGGCCACAGAUGUUUCCUGCAGUGCCCUCGGACAAAGAUUUGAGCUGUUUUGUGAGUUCACCAACCAAAUUGGUGAUAGUGUUAAGAGUUCACCAAUUACCCUAAAGCUUGUCCCAGCUAAGAAGGUGGCGUGUAAUUCUUCAGAGAUUGGUACUGGAGAGAGUGGUGCUCGGAUUACAAAGCCAUGCUUGCAGUCACCGGGGGAGAAGAGCAAUCAUGUCAGAGGACAAAUUACCUAUAGGUGUCACCAAAACAAAUGGAUUGUUGCUAGAAAUGACUGCUUAGCUGUCCCACUUAAUGACCUUCUUACUAAUGCUGAGUCUUUGGUGUCUAGUCCUGAGUCAGUGAGGAAUUUGCCCACAUACCUUUCACAUCUGAAUACAACUGUCAAAAAGGAGCAGAAAAAUGUAAACACUUCAGUUGCAAAUCUGAAAGCAGUUGUUGAAAUCUUGAGCUUGGUUUCAGCCAUUCCCGUAAAUGCAGAGGAAACAACAAUGAAGAAUUUUUUGUCCACGGUAGAUACCAUUAUGAGUACUCCAACAGGAACAUGGAAUGAUUUUAAGAAUGGAAGCUCUCAACUACUAGAUUCAGUGGAGCAAUUUUCAAGGUCCCUCCAACCUGUCAAUAACACAAUUCCUCCAGUCAGCUAUGGCAACAUUCAACUUGAAGGAGCAGUUGUUGAUCAAGGAGAAGACUAUAACAAGAGUUUUACAUUUUCAGAACCCUCAAGGCUUAGUGGCGGCGUUCUAAUCGAUGAACCCAAACUUGAAAAUGAGACAUCAGCUUUCACCAUCAUCAGCGUGGCUUACUCAACUUUGGACCAUAUUAUUGCUCAGUCCAAUAAGACAGCAGGACCAGUAAUCAAUGGUUUGGUUCUCUCAACUGUAGUGAGUGACAACAACAAACUGAAGGAAGAUUUCCAGAUCAAUAUGGUGUUUACAAAGCGUGAAAAAACCCUACAAAAUCCACAGUGUGUCUUUUGGAAUUUUAAUUUCACAGCAGAUGGAGGCGGCUGGGAUAGCGCAGGAUGUGAAAGCAGAGAGGAUGGGGAUGAUAUCAUUUGCACUUGUGACCACCUGACGUCAUUCUCCGUGUUGAUGUCUCCUAGCCAUGAGGACCCAUGCAACGACGCCCUGCCACUGACUUACUUGACAUACAUUGGCUUGGGUAUUUCAAUACUGAGCCUGGUGGCCUGCAUUGGAAUUGAACUUAUUGUCUGGAAAUCAGUCACCAAAACAAGAAUAUCUUACAUACGCCAUGUUUGUAUUCUGAACAUUGCAAUGUCUCUCCUCAUUGCAGAUCUCUGGUUCCUGGUUGUUGCAAUAAUACAUAGCAGAAAUGAUAAAUUAGAUCGGCCAAUUUGCAUUGCAGCAACUUUCUUCACUCACUAUUUCUACCUCUGUGUCUUCUUCUGGAUGCUCACUUUGGGCCUUAUGCUCUUCUACCACCUGGUCUUCAUUUUACAUAAUGCAAGCAAGACUCUCAUGAAAAGUGUCGGUUUUGGCUUGGGAUACCUUUGCCCUCUGGCUAUAGCAGUCAUCACAAUAGCCAGUACGAUUUCGUCUGGGACUUACACAAAAAAAGAUAUCUGUUUGCUCAACUGGGAAGAGAGCAGAGCUCUUUUGGCCUUAGUCAUUCCGGCUGUGGUCAUUGUUGCUAUUAAUGCUAUAGUUACGAUCGUGGUUAUAGCCAAAAUAUCAAGACGUUCCAUUGGGGAAAAAUCAAUAAGUGAAGAAAAGAAAUCUUUGUAUCGGAUCGCCAAGAGUAUUGGUGUUCUAACACCCUUGUUAGGACUUACAUGGGGAUUUGGUCUUGCCACAGUUAUACCAGGAAGCCCAUGCAUAUUCCACAUAUUAUUUACCAUUUUCAAUGCUUUUCAGGGAUUAUUCGUUUUCCUCUGUGGAACUCUCUGGGAUAGAAAGGUACGAGAGGCUGUGCUGAAUAAAGUUCCUCUUUCCAGAUGGAGUUCACAGCAAACAAAGUCAACAUCCCAGGGCAUGUCAGCGCCUAUGCUUUCCAUCAGUUCCCCCUUUUCAAAAACUUUAAACAACUUGUUUGGCAAAGCAGGAAAAUAUCAAGUUUCUUCUACAGAACCAACAUCUUCGUCUUCUGAAAGUACUUCAAAGGCAUAUUCUUUGUUGACAUGAACACAUGCAUAAGGGUUCAAAGAUCCAGAUUAAGCGACAAACAAGAAGUCGAUAAUGAAACAUUUGACUUUCCAUUGAACUAUGAUUUGUUAACUGAAUAUAUUAUUUCAUAGCUAAUGAUGCACAGGUGACUCCUUUCAGUACCAUGUUUAUGUUAGAGCUCCAAUGCUGCAAGAUGUUGGAUGUCCUCUUUGAGCCAAGGUGUUGGUAAUCAUUCAUUCCACAGAUGGAGGAAAUGGGUUGAUAGUUGUGUAUUACAGCUGGUGAUCCUAACUUAGGGUUCAUAAAUGAGGGAUAUCUACUUCAGUUAUAUCAAAAUAUGUGCCCAGACUGACAUAGGGUUUUCUAUAACUAUUAUUUACAUGUUGGGCUGAGGCAUUUGCAUUUUAGUUUUUCUAAUGUUUAAGGCACCUCCAUUGAAUCCUACGUAUGUCAGUUCAGAGAUAAACCUCUAUUCCAUGGGAAUUUUUCCCAAGGCAGGGUAUGAGACUGCACUCCACAUCAUGAUCCUCAUUUCCAAAUGUGGUCCUAAACCUACUGGAAAUUAGUGAAAUGUCUUUUUAUGAUAUAGAGCAAUAUGUCUGUAUGUGAUAGAGCUGUGUCAAUCAUGUGAAGUGUCCACUAUACAAUCAAAAGCACUUUAAUUUUUGUACUAUCAGGUUUUUUUCCAGUUACACCUCCUUUACUAAAAUUAAUGUUAUUUAAUAUAAAGAUAUAUUUAUAAUGGUCUUGAAUAAAAAAUGCUUGCAAAGUGCCCUGCCCUAA